AUGGCUUACAAGCGAUCACGGCAGGCCUUCGAGGCUGAUUUGCAGAAGCAAGCGUCUCCCUUCGUCCUCUACGGCUCACCUCUACCGCCUUUAGAUGACCACACACGUGAUGACGGCUCAUUUGUUCCAGUAUGGAAGCAGGAGGCUACAGACGAACGAGGGCGGAAACGCUUGCACGGCGCCUUCACGGGAGGCUUCAGCGCCGGAUAUUACAACACUGUAGGUUCUAAGGAAGGUUGGGCGCCUUCCACCUUUGUCUCGUCGCGGCAGAACCGUGCGAAGGAUGCCCGGAAGGCUCCCCAGCAGAGGCCGGAAGAUUUUAUGGACGAGGAGGACAUUCGUGAGGCAGAAGAGUCGCGCACACUUGAUACAUCCAAAGACUUCGCAGGAUUUGGCACCGAGCAUGAUAGUGUGCGCAAAACUGCCGCCAUCGACAUCUUCCGACCAUCUGGCGAGACUGUUGGCUUGAGGUUGUUGAAGAGGAUGGGAUGGAGAGAAGGAACCGGCAUCGGGCCCCGAGUUCGAAGAGCAGCAAAAUUGGGUGACGAUGAAGAUCGUGAGGAGACGGGAGAAACCCAUCUCUUUGUUCCAGAAGAUGCACAAGUGGUCUCUUUCAACCGGAAGACAGACUAUAGAGGCCUGGGUUACGAAGGAGAGCUGCACGAGACAGGACACUCGGCGAAUGGGAAAAGCAGAUCUCACAAAACUGCACCUAAGGAACGUUCCUCAGAUGAAGACAGCGACGGUCCGCUCCUUAAUGCAAGGAAGAAGCCAGCCUCGGCAACCAAGAGAACUGGAUUCGGCGUGGGUGUUCUGAACGAUGAUGGUUCUGAGGACGAGGACCCGUACUCGAUGGGCCCGAGGAUCUCUUAUAACAGGAGCAUCGGCGGCGAUAGGAAGGUCAGGACAAAACCGAAACCUGCGGCAAGCUCCGCCAACCCUCUCGUCACCACCAAGCCAACUUUUAUCUCAAAGAGGCUCGCCAAUCUCAAGGGAGCCCUAAGAAAAUGCCACGAUGGCCGACUGCCCCCGGACGGAUUCGUGCUCGCAGACGAGCUCGACUCGUUCGGCACGAUGACCCUGCAAGAUGAUAAGUACAAGCCACCAGAAGUACCAGCGGCAUGGAAAUCAUCGCUUUCGCCAGACGUGGAGACAGACACAAAUUCAACUUUCGUUUCAACAAGUGACGCAGCCAAAGCUUCUCAUAUGACUGCGAAGGCACGGGCAUCGCUCCUGGGUGAAUCGCAACUUCCCGGGAAAUCAGUCUUUGACUUCUUGACACCCGCAGCCCGUGAUCGACUGGCUGCGGCAUCGGGCCGUCAGAACCUCCCAGCAGCCGGCAACGAGUCUGCUCCAGCUGGUCACGAAUCUUCAAAAUCAGCAAUGGCGAAGCUGCAAAACCUCGUACCUAAACUCGAGCAGGAAGUGGCUCGGCAAGCUCUUGAACGCGGAGUGGGUGGCUGGAUGCCAUAUGCCGAAGACGAGAACAAAAGAACUAGGUAUCGAAUGUACCUCGAAAUCCAAGCUGGGCUGAGGACAGCAGCGGACAUAGCCCCCCGCGCAGAGCACAUGAGACAAGAAGACUGGGUCCUCGAAAUGCAGGAAUUUGCCAGGGCAGCAGAAGUCUUCAAGCCGAUCAGUGGACCGAUGGCAAGCCGCUUUACCACUUCCACCUCUCUCCCACAAGGCCAGAGCGCCACGUCAGGCGAUGCCCAGGUGGGUUCACUCCUGAGCAAAUCCAAAGCAAAGCCAGAAGAUCCAGCAGAAGCAGCCGCCAAACUUGGAAUGUUUGGUCCGAUGACACGGUCCACCAGCAACUUCUAUCCGACGAGACUGCUAUGCAAGAGGUUCGGUGUCUCUAUGCCGACACAAGCGGCGCCUGGUGAAGCCGGGCCUGGGGACAGCUGUGCAUAUGCGCCUCCAGAGCCAGAGUUUGCCACGACACAAUUUCGAUCGUUUGCAUCUGCCGGAUACCAGCAUGACGUGACAUCCGAGGUCGAUCGAACAACUGCAGAAGCGCCCGUCGGUCAACAGCAAAAUCUCCCCACUAGGAAGGAAGAGCUCGAGGUUCUGGACCCGGAGAGAAACGAGGCUUUGGAGCAGCAGAGACCUGGCCAGGCCAUCUUCAAAGCCAUCUUUGGUAGUGACGAUGAGGAUGAGUGA